GAUAAAACAUUAAAACGAAGAAGCUCGAAACGGCAGGAAAAUUUGAUUCCAAAAGUUUUUUUUUAUUUGCUUGUUCCGCUAUAGGGGACGGCUGAGACAAAAUUUUUUUAACUAAAGUGUUUUCCUUAACCUGAAUUAAUGGAAUUAAUAGUUCGUAACUGACUAUGGGCUACGUUCAAGUUAAUAAAUUACAAAUUAAUCCAAGGAAUAUUUGAAGAAGGUAGUGCCAAGGCAGUCCUGCUCUAGUAUUGGUACAAACUGUGACGUCAUAAUCAUAAUCAAAUUUAAAUAGUGAGAUGAGUCACCCCUAGCAUAAGCUAACCAAACCCAAAAUAGAACAACACAAAAAUGAACCUAUUGUUAUUGUGGGUCGUGCUUAUCCAGUUAUGGACAACCCAGGGACAGUCAUACGUGUGCACAGUACAACCCGGUGGGUCCGGAACUGAUGGCGAAGACCAUUGCGUGUUCCGGGGAGUUUUCUACAACCGUACCACUGCCAAUGUUCAGUUUGCUGCCCCAGAGAACAGUCCUAAGCCGAUCACCCACAUCAGCUUUGAAGACAGUAAUAUACAGCAAAUUCCGCCGGAAUUUGUAGCUGAAUUUGGGAAAUACUUGAAGGUUUUGCGCGUCGAAAACUGUCGACUGCGAUCGGUUGUGGUUACCGAGAGGCUGGAAAACUUGUACGCCAAAAACAACCGAAUCGAUAAAGUUAUCCUUCAACAGGAAGGGGCGUCAUCGGUUUUGUCGGUGCUGGACCUAGAUGGUAACAAUUUGAAAGAUGUUAAAAACAUAACUAAACUUAAAAAUUUGAAAAUACUUAAUCUGAGUUCCAAUAGUCAGUUAGUACCGGAUAACACUUUUGACUUUUCGACUCUAGCUGGCUUAAACAAAUUACAAGAGCUUAGUUUAGCUAACUUGGGCAUAAACUAUCUGCAAAAUACCCGAAAAACGGAAUUCCGCUCCAUAGAGCUCCUGGAUCUGUCCAGCAACAGACUGUUAAACUCGGAUCUUCGAAUCGAUUCGUUCAAUGUGUUCAAAAGCUUACAUACUAUUAAAUUCAACGACAAUUUUAUGGACUCAAUCGAUUACAUGGAUUUCCUGGACAUAAAUCUUAAAACGGUUUACCUCAACGGGAACGAUUUCGAGUGUCAAACGGUCAAACCCAUGCUUGACUAUCUUCGAGAAAACAACAUUGAAACGCCAGCCGAUCGAGUCAAACCGUGUGCUCCCCGGAAGGAAGAGGAAGGGUUCUGUUGUAAUGUUAACAUAAAUUAUGACCCAAGACCACAGCAGCCUCCUGCAGAGGAAGAUGUAGGAUCGAUUGCGUCUGACCCAGUCGAGGAAAGGGAUCAAGAUAGACGACCUCCUGCGACUCCUACCCAAACACCACCAACUGAACCGGCUGCGGAAUCAGGCACCGAUAAAACCAAUCCCAUCGGUUGGAUCAUCGGAGUUGGAGCGGUUGCGGCCAUCCUGGCUGCAGCUGGAAUCGGGUUUGGUAUCUACAAAGUCCGUUCUAAACGACCGCCCGGUACGAUGCCCUGUAACCAGGAUGAGCUUUAAGCAGUUGAAGAAGUUGGAAAAAAGUUCAUUUCGCUUUCACAGAUUUCGAUACUCUUAUGCCUAAACGAACUCUUAUUCUUCCUUCAACCCAUCGUACCGUUAUUUGCCAUAAAAAAGUAAUUCUGAUAUUUUCAACCUUUUUUUUUUUUCAAAUGAUGUACAACUUUUUCAGUGGUAAAACAGAUAAGGUACACCGGGGCAAGUGCAAACGGAUUUCAACAUAGUUUAACUUUCACAUGUCCUAGAAAAAUAUGUAUAUUUUCAAAAAUUAUCAAUAAUCGUACCGUUGAUAAUGCCUUAAUAAAAACCAUCUACAGAUAGAUUAGAUAAGGAAACAUGGAAAGUAUUGAAAAUUUCUUGCACGCACCGUAUCUAACAUUAACAUGGGCACCCUCCCUACUAACCUAGUAAAAUGAAAUCAUUCGGCACAGAAAAACUUGUAAAAGUAAAUUAAAAAGCCUUUAGUAAACUAGUUGUAGUAAACAAAAAAAAAUCAUCAGAAAAAAAUUGAAUGUUUGCACUUGCCCCGGUGUACCUUACUUAAAUGAGUGGGGGGCAAUUUGAGAUAUCAUGAGUUAAUAAGCUAAAAUCUCAUUUUGAGGGAAACCACAAUUACUGCGAAGAAUAUGGAGUAUUUCUUUUUUUUUCCUGUUGGGGAGAGAGUCCACUGCGACCAUUAAGUUGAUCUAUUGUGGUUUACCCCGCGUUAUUAUUUUUACUUUGCUAUGCUACUUGACACCCCUGCACUAUUGGUUGAAGUUGCAGUUGUUUACCGGUAGCACUACGAGCACACACAUCACUAGGUUGGAUCUCCAAGUGCAAUCUAAGUUCCCUUGAAAAGAUCCAUCCACAUGCAUGUGCUGCAUCAUUGGGGCUUACAAUUCCAAGGUAUUCACGGCUAGCAUUUCACUAAUGCUAAAACCGCCAACCUUCAUCAUACUAUGUGUGCCAGGUUAUGUCACGACCGGGAUUCGAUCUCAUGAACGUUGGCUUAGAAGACAAGUAUGCUAUCCUCUAGGCCACGAUCUGCUGGCAUGAUGGAGUAUACUACCUACUUUCCCUAAAAUAAAAUUAUUGGAAAACUCGGAAAGUUUGGGAAGGGUCCAAAAGUAGGACACUUUCGGCCAUAAUGUUCAUUUUUAGUCCUGACAUCACCAAAAGUUUUUAUCGAUAUCGAUUCUAAUCAAUCAACUCAGGUAAGAAUCUUCAUUAGGUCAUAUAGAACCUAACAUUUUUUGUCAGCUUUAUGCCAAUUGACUACAAAUAAAUACAAAAAAAGUUAUAACUAUUGUAGUACUGCUGCCAGUGCUGAAUGGGAGUGAAGUUGUUCAAGAUAAUCAUAACAGAAAUUUUUAAUGUUUUUUGAACAGUUUGUUGAAUUUUUUUUGAAAAGUCAAACUUUUUAUAGGUAUUUUCAAAAGGGGUAAAGUGGGCCUACUUACUGUAAAAGUCAGAUAACCUAGUAUUCUAAAGACCUUGGGUAUUUUAGAUCUAGGUCCAAUAAAAGGAACCAGAGCAGUAUCCAAAAAGGAACAGAAGGUUCAAAGUUCGAUCAUCCUUAUCUUUGUAAAUCAAUAAAUAACGGAAAAACCCACGUUC